AUGACUAAAGAUCAGAAAUACGAAUAUGAUUCUCUCCCAAUCCCGUCUUACGAAGAGGCCAUCGCCGACCGACCGAGCUCGUCCCGAACGCAUCUCGCCGCCGAUGUGACCGACGACCCGGCCGCCGAAGGCCAGGCCCUGCUUCACGAGACCCGUGAGUCCGCUGCCCGCGACGGGCCUCAGUCGCGGCCUCAUGGCUAUCACCCUCCUACCGUUGAGUCCGCUCGAAAUAGCGUCGAUGACCUAGGCUCUUCGCCUGCCGCUUCGGAAAGGGGCUCGCUGGAGGAAUUGCGCGGGGAGCUUAAUCAGAUGGAUGUUGAGGAUGGCAGUCAGCAGAGCUCUCAACGUUCGCGAUUACGGUCUCGACUUUCCAAGCCGUUCAGUAAUCUCGGCAGGACGUUAUCGUCGAUACAUCUCCCGCUUCGCCGGUUCCUACCUAAUUUCAAAUUCACAAUCAACCUGAAUUCAGCUCGGACGAGUUUCAACUCUAACGGAUGCAUUAUCCUGCUUCGCCUGUUCGGUUUAUUACUCGUCAUCGCUGUCAUCUAUGUGUUCGUUGUCUCGGAUGUGUUUAAUUUUAGUUCACGAUUUAUGAUGGGCCAGUCAUAUAGCGCGGCGUCAGUGGAGAAUUUCGUCCAGGGCCAUAUCAACGAGACGAAUAUCGCUGAAUACUUGAGGAGGGUGACUGAGUUUCCGCACAUGGCCGGUACCGAAGGAAGCUACGUGCUUGCAGAAUGGAUACAGCGGGAAUUCGAGGAAGCAGGCUUGGAGACGAUCGAAAUGGAGAAGUAUGAGGUGUAUCUAAAUUACCCCAAGGAAGACGGGCGGCGGAUAGCUAUUAUUGACCCACCCGAUCUCAGGUGGGAGGCUAUUCUUGAGGAGAAUGACAGCGAGACACCGGUCUUUCAUGGACAUUCAAAAUCAGGGAAUGUCACCGGUCAUCUCGUCUACGCAAACUAUGGAUCCCGGGAAGAUUUCCAGUAUUUGGCGGACAAAGGGAUCAAUUUGAAUGGCUCCAUCGCUCUCGUCCGGUAUUAUGGGACCGAAUCAGAUCGUGCUCUGAAGGUCAAAGCCGCCGAACUCGCUGGUGCGGCCGGGUGUAUUAUCUAUUCCGACCCGUCUGAUGAUGGGUUUGUUAGAGGUGCGGCCUACCCAAAGGGCCGCUUCAUGCCCGCGGAUGGCGUUCAAAGGGGCGCCGUGAGUCAGAUGUCGUAUGUGGUUGGGGACGUACUGUCUCCAGGGUUUGCGUCGACGCCACAAAUGAAAACGAGGUUGAGUCUGGAGCAAACAACAGGCAUGCCAGGCAUUCCGAGUCUUCCUCUGGCAUGGCGUGACGCGCAGAGGCUUCUGCAGGUGCUUGAAGGGCACGGGUCAAAGGUGCCGAAGAAAUGGGUUGGCGGUGUUCCCAAGGUCAAGCAAUGGUGGACAGGCGACGAGAAGUCGCCUACUGUGAAUCUCAUGAACCUUCAGGAUGAAGUGGAUCGACAGCCUAUUUACAACGUUAUUGGAAGGAUUCACGGAAUGGAAGAACCGGAAAAAAAGAUCAUUGUGGGCAAUCAUCGUGACUCGUGGUGCUUAGGGAGUGCAGACCCGGGCAGUGGAACUGCUGUUUUCCUGGAACUUGUGCGCGUCUUCGGUGAACUCCUGACGUUCGGCUGGCGGCCACUGCGGACAAUUGAGUUUGCUAGCUGGGAUGCAGAAGAGUAUAACCUGAUCGGUUCUACGGAGCAUGUCGAGGACAGCAUGGACAAUUUGCACGGGAAUGCGUACGCGUAUAUCAACGUGGACGUCGGUGUCAGCGGCACGGACUUUGAAGCUUCCGGCUGUCCUCUCUACGAGCGCGUUGUCAUGCAAGUCCUAGGCCGAAUUUCAGAUCCCGUUACGAACGAGACCCUAAAAGACAUUUGGGAGCAAAAGAACAAGAGGUUUGCACCUCUAGGAGCCGGAAGUGACUAUGUGGCUUUUCAAGACCUUGCAGGUAUUUCCAGUAUAGACUUUGGGUUCACCGGGGAACCAUAUCCCUAUCACAGUUGCCACGAGAACUUUGACUGGAUGGCCAAGUUUGGAGACCCUGGCUUCCAGUAUCACAAGAUCUUAGGUCAGUUCUGGGGCUUGCUGCUUCUGCAGUUCGCGGACAACCCGAUCUUACCAUACGAUGUGGAGGUAUACGCAGAACACCUGGCCGGUUAUGUCAUUGAUCUGGAAAACUAUGCACGAUCCAAGAAUGUGCCCAUCGACAAUAACGCUUCAGGAGACUCCUCCGUCAACCUAACCCCUCUGUACAAUGCCACCUCGAAACUUCGCGCGGACGCAGAGCAAUUCCAGCAGUGGCCGAAAUUAUGGCACGAUGCUGUGUGGGGAGCUGGGGGAUUCGAGAAUAACAUCAUAGCAUUGCAGCGCAUGUCGCAUAAUUUCCGAAUGGCCAAGCUGGAUGUCCACCUGCUUGACAACCGAUAUGGCGGCGGGAUACCCAACCGUACGCAAUUCAAACAUGUCGUCUUCGGCCCCCAGCUUUGGUCCGGCUACGACGCAGCUAUUUUCCCUGCUAUCCAGGACAGCCUCGAAACGAGGAACUGGACACUGGCGCAGGAAUGGGUCGACCGUAUCGCUGGUAUCAUCCAGAACGCGGGCGACAAGCUAUUGCAUGACGAUUGA